AUGGCUGAAAAUUCAGCAUGUAAUUUGGAAGAUGGUCCUACUUCUUCCUCAGGUAGAGAGAGUAAGAAGCAAGUGACCUAUAAACAAUAUGGAGGCAAAGAACCAUCCCCAUUGCCCGGCAGUGAGCUCUGGACUGAUGGAUUGAUCUGUGCAUUUGAAUUUGUUCGAGCCCAAAGGUGCACAUCUUCAUCGAAAAUUGAUCCAAGGAGCCAACUCGGGAUGCAGAAGGGAAGUCUGAUUCAAAAGAACAAGGCAUCAAGUCUAGACCUGUUUGAUCCCUCUGAGAAAUUUAUUGAUGAUAAGAGCUUAUUGGAGUCCCCAUCUCUCUUAGAACCUGAUGAUGCUUCACUUCUUCUUGGAGUGAAUGAAGUUCCUGCAUCAGCUCAUCAUCAUAAGGAGAAUGAGGGCAGAUGUCUUCAGAAGCUUUCUGACAGCCACUGGAUUCCCAUUGGAUGGAACAGAAUUAAGGAGCUUGUCAAAACUGUAAAAGUGGAUGGAAGCUGGGUUUCACAGCCAAUUAGCUUUGGGGAUGAGGAAGAUGGCAUCACUGUGGCAGACUUGGCUACUCCAUAUUGGGAGAGACCUGGUGGCCCGACCUGGUGGUGCCAUGUUGACCCAGUUCAUCACUUUGUUGGUGCAUGGUUAAGUAAUGCUACCUGGCUUCAUCCAGCAAUCAGCGUUGCCUUGAAGGAUGAAAGUCGAUUGAUCAGCGAACGCAUGAAGCACCUUUUAUACGAGGUGAUUUUUCAUCUUUCUUGCCAUCCCAUUCCCAUUAAGUAGCAUCUCAUGAUUUUGAGAAGAUGCAGUAACUAGCUGGCUCAUGUUAAGUGUCAAUCUAAAUUCAUAUGAGGGUUCAUUCUAUAUUGUCGUCAUUUCCCAUUGGACCCCCUACAGGCAUGCUACUUCCUGACCACCUUCAGUUCUCUGUUGACUUUAAGCUGUUAUAGCUGACCCCUUGCUAUAAAAACACAUGUUCAGGUUCCUGUCCGGGUUGCUGGAGGCAUAUUAUUUGAGCUCCUGGGCCAGUCUGUGGGUGAUCCUUUCUGUGAUGAGGAUGACAUACCCAUAGUGCUCAGGUCCUGGCAAUCACAGCAUUUUUUAGUGACUGCAUUGCACGUGAAAGGGCAUGCCGAAACGACCAAUGUCUUGGGGAUCACUGAAGUCCAGGUACCCUGAUGCUCAGGCUCUACAAGUGGCAUGCUCUGCACCAUCAAUUUACCUGAUUAUAAAUUAUGAAAAAUGUUAUUUAGCUUCUGCUGAAGAAAUUAUAUGGGCUUCAGGCUCCACAUAUAUGGUUUUGCAAAGAAAUGCAAAUUGUGUUGGAUUUCUUCUAUUAGACAUGGUGUCUCACUAUGAGAAACGAAUGUUAAUUUUCUUCAGGUCCCUGCUAGACUGCAGGCUAAAGACUGACAUCAAUGAUCUUGCUCCACAAUUAUUCCUUGAUUUUCUUCAUUUGCUCAAAUUGCUUGCUUACCUCUUCUUGGUUGUGAUCAAGCCUUCUCGAACUGCUAUUUCUAGCCUAUCUAAUUUUUGCCUGCCUUUUAUUAAUAUAUUUCGGUUCUUUAUUUCCUUUUUUCUGCAUUAUUGUCCACACCUGCAAUACUUUCUUCAACAUUACUCGAACAGGGUUUCUGACAUCACAAAACGUCGCAGGAACUUCUUUAUGCAGGGGGAACCACAGCACCGAAAUCCGUUCACGAAGUUAUAGCACAUCUAGCUUGCCGUCUCUCCCGUUGGGAUGAUAGGUAGUGUAGAUGCUUUUUCUUGUCUCAUUUCGAUUUCUUACGAAGCAAAAUUCUGAAGAUUAUCUGACCCAUGUGGCCUGAAUUGAAUGGAUACUCGGCAAAAGCUAUCUGCUUUGUGAAACAGUGAAUGUCUGUGAUCUUUCUUUCUUCUUUUAGGGUAUGAUUCACUUUUAUUAUUUCACGCAUUGAGGCCCACUUCCUUUAUUCGCAAGAAUAAAUCUGAUUCCCACACCAAGAACAUAAAUGGGUUUUGAAAAACUUUUACAGAGCUCACUGGUAUCUAUGGAUUUCUCUUCUAUUUUCCAUGAGCAUUAAAUCCAGGCAUUUCCUAUAUUAUAAAGUUUCAAGGUGCAUGAACUUGAAUUAAAUAUUCUAAUUUCAUUAUCUUACAAGUAAGUACAGCGUUUCCUAAAGAAGCAAGCUCCAUUUCCCUUAGAAUUUUCGUUCUCUUUUUGGUUGAACUUUUUCUCUGCAAGGCUGGACCAUGCCUGGUUGAAACUUUGGCAUUCACUCAAAGUCUCUAUAGAUUAUCCAUACUGCUUCCGGCAUUAUUUUCGACGAACUUAAUACACCCAUUGAGGGUUGAUGGUGCUGUAAGUGAUCAAGGUACUGAAAUCUUGGGAAAAAUAUGCAUCAAGGGAGGUAAUACUAUGCUAAAUCUUAUCUCAGGAGAGAGCUGGAUCCAUCAAGAAGCGCAUUAAAAAUGGAAACGCAGAACUCUCUUUUCUUUACUUAAUUUUUAUCGGCGAUAUCAUCUCCAUUCUAUCUUCUUUUGCCAAAACUGGCUGGGUAUAUUUUGAAGGCCUCUUCUCCUCAUCCUCCUCUCAGAUUGUUUCGCAAGCAUGUGUUUGGAGCAGCAGACGAGAUCGAGCUCAAGUUUGUAAACAGGUACAUUGCUGAUGGGUCCUUUGGUUGUGCAUUUGAUUCUAAAGAUAUUCAUAACGGGCAAUUAGGGUUUGGGUUAGGAUCGUAUAUUUCCUUCUCAUCAUGUUGCGAUAUCCAGGAGAAACUAUGAAGACAUGAAUUUGUUUAGUGUGAUUCUCAACCAAGAAAUCAGGAGGCUGUCGACGCAGGUAUGAACCCACUUGCGGCGGUAAUAAUUCUAAAAUUACUAGGUUAGGUAUUAAAUCAUAGUCUCAUGGAAGGGCCAAAUUUAGCGAACUUAGUGUAAUUAUGGCAGGUCAUUAGGGUUAAGUGGUCGUUGCAUGCGAGAGAGGAGAUCAUCUUCGAGCUCCUGCAACACUUGAGGGGAAGCCAUGCGAAGGACAUGAUCGAGGGGAUAAGAAAGAGCACCAGAGAGAUGCUGGACGAGCAGGAGGCCGUUCGUGGCCGGCUUUUCACAAUCCAAGAUGUCAUGCAGAGCACCGUCCGCGCGUGGCUACAGGUACUCUUUAGAUCUUGGUUUCCCAGCUCUUUUCUUCUUUUUUUUUUUUCCCGGAGCCUUAGUCCUCCUUAAAAAAAUGAAAUAUGGUCACGGGUAUUCACCAGUUUUGGGAAAAAAAAUUCAAUCAAGUGGAUAUAAAUCGAGAAGGGUAGAAUUCUAGGCUUCAUUUCAUGCGCAAAGGUUGCUGUUUUUUGGCAAUUAUGGACUUGUUCUUUGCUUCAAUCGGGAUGAACAUGCAUAAUCUCAGGUACUUAUCACACCAAGAAAAUGAAACGCAAAAGGGAUUAUUAUUCUGAUAUCAAUGAGGUUUAAGCACCCCCGCCAUGCAAUAUUUUUUUCUUUCUUCCCACAUGAUCAAAUUCAUCUUUUUCUAACCCAGAAAACCUAAUCACCAUCGGAUGCAGACCCAUGAUAAUAUAAUACAAAAAUCAAGGAGGAGGAAAAGAUGUUUAUGAUUUGAGGUAGAAUUUUAAGCUUCCUUUCAUGUGCAAAGGUUGCUAUUUUUGGCAGUUGUGGACUUGUUCUUUGUUUCAAUCGAGAUGAACGCGCAUAAUCACAGGUACUUGUUACUCUAAGAAAAUGAAACACGAAAGAGAUUACGAUUAUAAUGAUAUCCAUGAGGUUUAGUGCUCCCCGCUCCCCCAACUGCAGGAUUUUUUUCUUUCUUCCCACAUGAUCUAUGAGUCAUCUUCUUACCCAAAAACUUAAUCAUCAUCGGAUGGUGACCCCAUAAUAUGAUAUAAUGUAAUAUAAUGAGUGAAAAUAUUGAAAAUCAAAGAGGAAAAGAUGUUUAUGAUUGUUAGAGGUUGGAUCUCUGCCCUCUAUUCUUUCUUCUUUUUUUUUACGUGGUUUGCAGGAUCAGAGCCUCCGAGUGACCCACAACCUGGCGGUGUUCGGCGGCGUGGGGCUAGUACUGUCGAUCAUCACUGGCCUGUUCGGGAUAAACGUGGACGGGAUUCCGGGGGCGGCGGCGGCGCCGUACGCCUUCCCGGUGUUCGCGGCCGCGCUGAGCCUCCUGGGGGCGGCGCUGGUGGGCCUGGGGAUGCUCUACCUCGGCCUCAAGAAGCCCGUGACGGAGCAGCAGCUCCGCGUGAGGAAGUUGGAGCUCCAGCAGCUCGUCUCCUCCUUCCAGCACGACGCCGAGAGCCACGCCAAGCUCAGGGAAGGCCUCUCCCGCCACAAUCUGCCCCCCACCGCCGCCGAUAUGAUCUCCCACGCUGAUUAUAUUCUCAUCGACUGA